UCGCUGGCACAACCGUGUCAGCGCAGCCCUUGUGGGUCUCCUUAGUUCCCACCUUCGGCUCCAGCCUUCUCCCGUGUGGGCUGGUUCCCGUCUUUCAUCUCCCCACCCUCGUAACCUGGUAUUCGUUCCCCGCCCGAUGUCCCCUACCGUACUCCGCUAAGGGUCCUGCCUCUGAGCCUCGGCCCCAUGGCGCUGCAGGCGCUGCAGAGCUCGGGGGUGGCCUUCCGCAAGAUCCUGUCUCACUUCCCCGAGGAGCUGAGCCUGGCUUUCGCCUAUGGCUCUGGCGUGUACCGCCAGACAGGGCCCAGUUCAGACCAGAAGAAUGCAAUGCUGGACUUUGUGUUCACAGUAGAUGACCCUGUUACAUGGCAUUCAAAGAACUUGAAGAAAAAUUGGAACCAUUACUCUUUCCUAAAAUUUUUGGGGCCCAAGGUUAUCACCACUAUCCAGAAUAACUAUGGCGCUGGUGUUUACUACAAUUCAUUGGUCACAUGUGUUGGUAGGCUUAUCAAAUAUGGGGUUAUUAGCACUAGUAUUUUGAUUGAAGAUCUCCUCAACUGGAAUAACUUAUACAUUGCUGGACGACUCCAUAAACCGGUGAAAAUCAUAGCAAUGAAUGAGAAUAUUGCUCUUAGGUCAGCCCUAGAUAAAAAUCUGAAGAGUGCUGUGACCGCUGCUUUCCUCAUGCUUCCUGAAAGCUUUUCUGAAGAAGACCUCUUUAUAGAGAUUGCCGGACUCUCCUAUUCAGGCGACUUUCGGAUGGUGGUUGGAGAAAAUAAGACAAAAGUGUUGAAUAUUGUAAAGCCCAACAUAGCCCACUUUCGUGAGCUGUAUGGCAACAUACUACAGGAGAAUCCACAAGUGGUGUAUAAAAUCCAACAAGGCAGACUGGAGAUAGAUAAAAGCCCAGAAGGACAAUUCACUCAGCUAAUGACAUUGCCCAAAACCUUACAGCAACAAAUAAAUCAUAUUAUGGACCCUCCUGGAAAAAACAGAGAUGUGGAAGAAACUUUUUUACAACUUGCUCAUGAUCCUGACUGUGGAGAGGUGGUACGACUAGGGCUUUCAGCAAUCGUGAGACCUUCUAGUCUGAGACAGAGCACCAAAGGCAUUUUCACUGCUGACUGGCUCCCCGCUUCUGAGACUGCAGCAACAACUUCAAGGGCUAUAUGCUUUCCCAUCCGCGUUUGGGGAAACAGGGUUCCUUUAAGAAGCCCUCUUAGAAAAGCAAAAAAACUUUCCAGCAGCUCCCACAAGCCUCCUUCUGGUUUCCUGGGCCUUAAUUGGGUUACCUGCCCAUCCCCAAGCCACUAACAGGCUGAAGGAUGGAACCAGGCUGAUGAACUUUGC